CCGUGAGCGUUGGGUCGGCUGCCUCGUGCCGGAGCCGACCUCUGCGAGGCGCUGUCCGGGGCCCGUCCGCCAUGUGCUCGGUAGCGAUGCUGAGCGUCCUGCGCAGCGACUCCUACGUGGAGCUGAGUCAGUACCGGGACCAGCACUUUCGGGGUAACAGAUAUGACCAGGAGCGACUGCUGAAAAAGAGCUGCACCCUGUAUGUGGGGAAUCUCUCCUUCUAUACAACAGAAGAGCAGAUCUAUGAACUGUUUGGUAAAAGUGGGGAUAUAAAGAAAAUCAUUAUGGGCCUGGACAAAGUGAAGAAAACUGCUUGUGGCUUCUGUUUUGUUGAGUAUCCUUGUCUGCAAAGUAAAACAUCUAUACCAGUGGUUCUCAAACCUUUGUACUGGUGACCCCUUUCACAUAGC